GCGGCGCUGAGUGCGCAGGGGCUGCCGGGAGUUGUAGUCCCGUCCCGUGAGCUGCGCGCGGCCUGACGUGGCGUUUGGUGGGACGCGGCGCUGAGUGCGCAGGGGCUGCCGGGAGUUGUAGUCUCGUCCCGUGGGCUGCGCGCGGCCUGACGUGGCGUUCGGCGGGGAAGAUGGCGGCUCCCGGCGGACCGGUGGGCCUGGGCCUGCUGCUGCUCGCUGGCGCCGUGUCCCGCGGUUUCGGCCUCUACUUCCACCUGGGCGAGACCGAGCGCCGCUGCUUCAUUGAGGAGAUCCCGGACGAGACCAUGGUGAUAGGGAAUUACCGUACCCAGCUAUAUGAUAAGCAACGGGAGGAUUACAUGCCUGCCACACCUGGGCUUGGUAUGUUCGUGGAGGUGAAGGACCCUGAUGAUAAGGUCAUCCUGUCGAGGCAGUACGGCUCUGAGGGCAGAUUCACCUUCACCUCGCACACUCCUGGAGAGCAUCAGAUCUGCCUGCAUUCUAACUCCACCAAAUUCUCCCUCUUUGCAGGGGGUAUGCUGAGGGUUCACCUGGAUAUCCAGGUGGGGGAACAUGCGAAUGACUAUGCUGAGAUCGCUGCCAAGGACAAGCUGAGUGAGCUGCAGCUCCGGGUGCGGCAGCUCAUUGAGCAGGUGGAGCAAAUCCAGAAGGAGCAGAACUACCAGCGGUGGCGAGAGGAGCGGUUCCGCCAGACCAGUGAGAGCACCAACCAGCGGGUUCUCUGGUGGUCCAUUGUCCAGACCCUCAUUCUUGUUGCCAUUGGUGUAUGGCAGAUGAGGCACCUCAAGAGUUUCUUUGAAGCCAAGAAACUGGUAUAAAGAGGGCACACAGCAUGAGCAAACAGCCCUCUCUUAACAGAGCCAAAUAUCUGAGUUUCAGCAGCUUGGACUGGUCACGCCCACCUUCCCCCAACUGUCCAGCUGACUGGGCUAAGUGUCACCUGCCUCCACCACUUCCCUCACUUCUAGUUUGGGUGGGAUUUCCUUGUAUUGGUUUGUUAUGGUGUUUCGGUCACUCGCAUUCAAUCUGUGGUGCUUACAUGGCUCCAUUGGUGUACUAUCUGAGAGCCUCAGAGUCUUUAAUACAUUUAUCCUCAGCACCCCUGGGAGGCAGGCGUGGCUGCUAUUGUCAUGUUACAGAUGGGAACUGAGCCCCAGAGACUAAGUUACUUGCCUCAGGUUCUGCACAAAGUUUCUGGCAGAGCAGGAACUUGAAUCCAAGUCUCAGGCUAGCACCCUAACUACUAGACCGUCUUUCCUGGGAAUAAGGGGGUAGAGUGUUUAUCCUGCAUGGAUUCCUCUGAGGCACACUAACCUUCUCCAGGAGGUCUGGGCCUUCCUUCCUCUGAGUGGCAUUUGAACUCUCUGGGAAUGUAGGUGGAGUCUGUCUGUCUGCCUGCCUGUGGAUUUCCUCCUGUCCUAAGGCUCACCCCCUACAAUGAGCUGUGCUCCCCUUUCCAAGAAGGCUGGAAUCCUCAUCCCUUCAACGAGAACCACAAGUAUUUUCUUCCAGCCAAGAAGCUGAUAUAAAGGGAGGCAGAAGCUUGAGCAAAAGCUCCCUUGUACACAGAACCUUCAGCCAGGUGCUGAAAUCUGCAUGACUGUGUCCUGAACUGGCUGCUCUAUGCUGCCAUUGGAUCACCCCAGAGAGGACAGAACUGAUUGUGAUGGCAUGGGGGGCUCUGCACUACCACGCCACCCUGAGGCUCCUGGUCUGUCCCAGCACUGAGUGUGUAUUAAUCUGUGUAAAAUGCAUAAUGUGAAGGGACUGUACAGGGGUUGGAACUAGCUGCCUUGGGGCUGAGGCAACAGCGCUGUGUAUCUGCUGUGGGUAUUUCCAAGGUGCUGAUCACUGUGGAAUAGGAGGACUGUGGGAUUAGAACCCCACAAGUUUCUGUGCAGGGAUGGCUGCAUAUUUUAGUGUAGUAUUUGUUUUCCUAUUUUGUUAGCAGGGAUCUGGGCACACAAGGCAAAGCUGUCCUAUCUUCCCACUUCAACGGUCAUUCCUUUUCUAGGUGGUGUAAGUGUGCCACUUAGCACCAUUCUCUGCUGCUCCUAGGGGAAUGGUGAGGGGUCAAACCCAGCUUCCUGUUCCGCAGCGCGGCAGCCAGCUUUCCCCUUCCACGGGGCUGCGGGGCAUCCCUGGCCCCAGCGCGGUGCGUGUGCAGCAGUGAAGUAGAUGGGUUGGUGCAUCCUUUCUCUGCACAGCGGGGAGGCAAAGGGGGUGUUGCGUCACUUGCUUACUGACUUUUGAGUACUUUGUCUUGUAUCAUGGAUUCUUAAUAAAGAGCGCUCUGAGGA